AUGACCAGUCCAUCUCAUUAUAUUAUUACUAUCUGUACCAUCCACACCAGUUAUGCCUCUUCCAAGUAUUCCGAGCAUUCAACCAUCGACAUCUGGAUCGAAUUUGACAACACCAAAUAUUAUCACAAUAAGUGGAGAAAACUUCACUUUGGAGAUAUUCAAAGUCCAAAGAUCAAAUUUAGAUCCAAGGAAUGCAUGGUAUACUUAUUGCCUAAAGAGCUGAUGUAUAAAAUGGAAUAUCAAAAUAAUAUCAAGCGAGACAUCAACCUUCAGUCUCAAUAUCUUCAACUUCUCUCCAACGGAAGGAUCAAGCGGGAGAGCCCGGAGAAACAGGAACUGAAUCCUGAAAUACCGAUUGUUGAUGAUGACAUAGAGGACGGAGAAAUUGAUCCAAAUUCAGAAGAAUCCACACCGCGAAUAUCUUAUUCUUUGAUUCUAGAAAAAAGGGAUCGACCAAGCAAAACUAUCGCAGCUGGCACCAUAAGUCUUCUUGGAACCAAGAACGUGGCCAUGAUCAAAAUCAAAAUAAAGAAAACGCUUAUAACAAGGAACGGGAUUCUGUUCAUGGUUGGGAUUGCCGGAAAAACCGAAUUCACCCGUAACAAUUACCAUCAACUGACGAAGACAAGACAAGAGAGAAAGCUUACAGAAAAGCUUACCACCGAUGAACCAACCAACGAUGCCACAUCAAGACCUACAAAAUACAUGCGAAGUUAA